GGUCCAGUAGCUGUGAUUUGCGUCUGUUGGAUAGCCUGCGUAUGCAGGAGGAAGAGGAGGAGGAGGAGCUACAUAUGCUGGCCCAGUCUACGGCGGGAGCAGGAGGAAGAAGAGGAGGGGGGAGGAGCAACAGGUCUCAGUGCCUCUCAGAUCCACCAAUGUAACGUCAGCAUCAGCACAGCAGUGAUGAGACAUCCACCUGGACACACAUACCUAUGCCGGCCAAACAGGGCCAUCACUACCAGAAGGAAAUGAACCCACUCUUACACUCCAAUCCAAGGGAAUGGAUGGAUGUCCUCAGCCCUCCCAUUAUUCCUCCUAGCCAGAAGAAAGGGAAGGGGUCAGAGGGCACAGGGGACCAUCGGAGGGGACCCCCGACCAGAGGGGCUGAUGGAUCAGUGAAUGGAGGAAAUGAGGACGAGGAGGAGUACCUGAAUCUGCUCUAUGAUCCCUCUCUUAACUGCUACUUUGAUCCCCAGUCUGGGAAAUACUAUGAGCUGGUCUAAUUCAUCAAGCUUUUUUAUGAGCAAAAUGCAGGAAAAGAACAGAAUGUUCAUGUUCACUGCUGGAAAAAUAGAUUUUUUUUGUUUUACUUAAUUACGCUUUUCUGAACUAUUAAUGAGCCUUAGAAAAUAUUUAUACCAUUCUGUUAUCCUCGGUUGUAUUUAAUAUGGAAUGGUGAGGAUGCUCUUGUAAUUAAUUGUUUAUACAGUGACUUUUUUAAGUGUUCUGUACUGUAUAGUGUGUAUGCAGUAGUGUGUGUGUCAUGUGUGUCCUCUACACAUAUUUGUGAUUAAACG